CUUCAGGGUGGAGUACAGAUGUUUGUAUGUCAGAUUAUGGUGGCAGUGGUUAUAUGGUGGAAAUUUGGGGUGAGCGGGGAGACGAGCCAGCUGCCGAUGUGGUUUGCUAUCCUUGUGGUGAUAUUUAUAUGUCUAUUCAUGGCAGCAUUUGCGUGGUCGUGGGGACCUCUGGGUUGGUUGGUGCCGAGUGAGAUGUCGCCGCUGGGAAUCCGAUCGGCAACUCAGAGCAUUACGGUUUCAGUCAACAUGUUAUUUACUUUCCUGAUUGCUCAGCUGUUCCUCAGCUUGCUAUGCAGAAUGAAGUUCAGACUCUUCUUCAUGUUCGCUUUCUUCAUCACCAUCAUGACCUGCUUCAUCUUCUUCUUCUUGCUAGAAACCAAGAACGUCCCCAUUGAAAACAUGUCCGUCGUCUGGAGCCAACACUGGUUCUGGAAGAGAUUCAUGCUUGCAGAUGGCCCUGAAGAUAAUGGCAAAACUCUGGAAUUAGUCUAGUCUAAAAUCUAAUAUAUAAAUGUAGUCUCCGCUUGAUGAUUCUUUUAUUUUCUCUUUUUAAACUUUAGUCAUUAUGUAUGUAUAUAUGUAGUUCUGUCAUAAAACAGAGCAAAAGAGAGAAUUAGCUUUCUAGACUUGUAAGCUGUUGUUGUGCUGUAAUUAUUUACUCUGUUUUUUC